AUUGCGCACAAAGCGCUAUCACUGCGCAAGCUGGUAGUAUAACUGCGUGUAUAUUCUCCGACCAGUUGUUAUGGAUAAAUGUCCGGGGAGAGGUGAGCUCCGGGGAUCUUUCCGACUUUAACACGUCUGCAGUUUCUUCAGUGAUGCUCUGUCGGAGACUCUGAGGUCUGUGCGCGCUGCGACGGAUCAGUUUUGGAGUCGCCAGCAGUGCGCUUGACACAAGACACACGAUCUGGAGGACUGGUGGCAUCGCUUUCUUAAAAGUUUCUGUUUGCUGCCUCUUUUUUGCAUGUAUUUUUUUACGGUUGGAUUUCCUCCAUUGAAGUGCAUUUGGAGUUUACACUGUUUAUACUGUGCUUUUGUGCUUUUCUCAAGUAUGGGGCAAAGCGUGCGUAUCGGGCAAAUAUGUUUUCGCUCCGUGGAGGUUUAGCCCUGCGCCCGCUCUCCUAAACUCUCUUUUUCUCAUUUUAAUUAUCAUACUUCAACCGAACACUGCAGGAGGUUUCAAACAACAGUGGGACAUGGCCAGCGAGCGGAAACCGCGGCUUUGUCUCAUGGCAAAAGGGGAGAACGGGUAUGGAUUUCACUUGCAUGGCGAGAAGGGGAAGAGCGGACAAUAUAUCCGCAAAGUGGAGCCCGGCUCCCCGGCAGAAGCGUCGGGGUUGCGCGCCGGGGACCGUGUGGUCGCAGUGAAUGGUGUUAACGUGGAGAAAGAGACACACCACCAGGUGGUACAGCGGAUCAAAGCCAUGGACAAUGAGACCAGGUUGCUGGUGGUGGACCAUGAGACGCAUGAAAGUCUGCGCAGCCUGCACCUCACAGCCACAGAGGAGAUGGCCGUCCUCGCGGCCGGGCCUCCUUCCUCCUCCACUCCCCCGGCCUCCCCCUCCCCUCCACCGUCCUCGGCCCCGUCCUCCCCCAGCAAGAAGCGGGAGAACGGCUCGGUGUCCAAGCAGCCGGUGACGCUGAGCAGCCAGGUGCAGAAGCCCACCAGGAGGUCACCAUCAAAGGCUGCAAAGAAGGAGGCUCUUGCCCAGGCCGAAGCUCACAUCCAGGCCCAAUCCCAUUCACGGCCCCCGGUCGACCCGUCCGAGCUUGUUCCACGUCUGUGCCACCUGGUGCGGUCUGAGAUAGGCUAUGGCUUCAACCUCCACAGUGAUCGAUCCCGGCCCGGACAGUACAUCCGCUCCCUAGACCCGGGAUCACCUGCAGACCACGCCGGGCUCCGUCCACAAGACAGGCUGAUUGAGGUAAACGGUGUGAACAUCGAGGGCAUGCGGCAUGCAGAGGUGGUGGCCUUCAUAAAGAAAGGGGGCAAUGAGACCUGGCUGUUGGUGGUGGACCCAGACACAGACGAGCACUUCAAGAGGAGGGGGGUUGUGCCCACAAUCAACCAUCUUAGAGACUACGAUGGUCCAUCCAUAUCCAACGGCUCCCCCAACCCACAGAUCAAUGGCAGCUCCACCACACAGUCCAUCAGGUCCACACACUCCGACCUCAGCAGCCAGGGCAACAGCACACAGCUGGCAGAUGAUGAUGGCCGCCGGCUGUUGGACCCCUUCGCUGAGAUGGGCCUGAGCGCUACGGCAGCAGAAGAAAAGAUGAAGCUACACGCCAAAGAAAAGAAGAAGGCGCCCCAGAUGGACUGGAUGAAGAAAUAUGAGCUGUUCAGCAACUUCUGAGACGUUCCCCUCUCUUCAAACACCAAAGGACAGAGAUAUGAGCUGUUUGCAGCACUCUGUGUGGACGAGUUUGCGUCAUGAGAGAAUGUCCCUCUUACUACACAGAUCAUGUUUUUUUUUCUUCGAGAAAGAACCAAGAUCCCCCAAACAGCCGAACAUAUAUUGUUCCUGGAAUUAAAUGUGACAAAACAUAAAAGCUGUACAAUGGAUUUCACUUUUUAAGCCACUUUUCCUGCUUCAAAGUGCUGACUGACUGCAAAAACUGUGUAUACUUUGCUAAAAUCACACUAUUCAGAAGGAAGAGCUUCUUAAAACGCUUCCCACACAUGUGGGUCUCUCAGAUGGGAGUAUUGCAAACAAGUUCUCGCAAAUUUGUCCCCAUCAGUUUUUCUGUACUUUAAUCAUCCCAUUCUCCCUACUCAUAUAGACUUAUUUGAAACAAAUGCGGGAGACAGUUAUUUUUAUAUUUAAAAAGUAUAAACAACUAUUAAAAAAAUCGUAUCCCAUCACCAUGGACUGCAUUUUAAAGAGUUUUAUGGACACUGUGACAUGAAUGAUUGUGGACAUUGUGGGAGUUUUGGCCCAUCAGUCAGAAGGAGCCCGAAGUUGGCAGAAGAUCACUGUGAAAGACUUGAGACCCUCCACCUCCAGCCCAUACAGAUACACAGACAGAGUAAAGGAUGGCUGUGUGCACUGCUUGUGUGUAAUGUAUCCUACAUGUAUUUGUACUUUUGCAUAGAGUGAAUUAACUGAUCAUCGGAUCAGCCCUGCUUUAUUCAAAAAUAAUUCAUGUUAUUUGUUAUUUAGCACUCAGUCAUACUAAGUGUACCACUUAGCGUUUGGGUGCACUUGGGCGUAACAAAGGGAAGCACCACUAAUGUAUUGAUACCACUUACCACCACUUACAUGUAUUGAUACAGUAAACAACGGAAACUGGAGUGUGCACGAGAGGAGGAUUUCUCAGGGCAAAUGGCAUGAUGAAUGAGUUUAUUAUUGGAGAGGGCUUGAUGUGUACAGCAGAGGGCAAACUUACACCACAAAUAGAGGUGCCUUUUGGUACUAAAACUAAAUAGAGUACAUUACACUUAUCCAGGCCGUUAUAUGGGGGUUGUGUCGUACUCUUUCUUAGUUAGGAGCAAUGACUUCCUGUGGUCUCCAGUGGUCCAUUUUUUUACCUGGCAACAGCUCAGGGCCAAAAAACAGUCUGGUGAAAAAAAACCCCUGUAAAGCUGCAAAUUAUAAUUUUUACAGUUUUUGUACAGAUUAAACAGGCUACAAUCUGAUAAUCAGUUAUUUUUAAAGGUGCUGGAAGGUGGAUUUUGUUGCCUCUUAGCUCGAGCCAGACAAGCUGGUUCCCCUGUUCCUGCUUUAAACUAAGCUAACUGGCUGCUCACAGUAGCUUCAUAUUUACCUUACAGACAUGAGAGUGGUGUUGAAAUUCUCAUAUAACUUUCCGCUAGAAAGCAAACAAGGGUAUUUACCAAAAUUAUACACAAUCCCUCAAGGGCCAGGACCAGGAAAGAAAGGGAGGUUACGGCUCAAAAGUGCAGCUAGCAUAUUUGAGGCUAACCCUGGAGUAAAGGGAUGUGAUCAGCUCCAACAUGAGCGCGGUGUUAGCAGGUUGUGAGGCGGAGGGAGUGCAGGAGAAGCAUACAGUGAGGUCAGAGAUGCUCUGGAGGAUCUAGUGAAUGAGACUAUGGGAGCCAUGGGGCUUACUGAGGAUCAUUACACAUGCAGGGACAGUUGUCACACACAUUCUCACACAUUUGGAGCCCAAUGUGUGUGUGUGUGUGUGUGUUUGUGUAUGUGCAGAAGAAGGUAUACCAUGCUGCAAUCCAAACAAUGUUGAUGUAAUGCAUUACAACAGGUUGGACUGCAAGUCGGAGAAAUGUUGGUCACUUAUGUGGACAUCUUGUCUUUUUUUUGUACUCAUUCACACCCUUACAUGUACUUCACACCAACAGUCGUGUCUUGAUUCAUCGUUGACAUCAUUCACUCCGUGUGCUCUAACAGUCACAGCAAAAAAAAAACUCUCUGUUACCAUGGCUGAUGUAUAUACAGUAAGAACAUACAGUAUAUAUGGCAGGUUGCAUUUUUUUCAAUAAAGUGUGACAAUGGC